AUGUCGUUCGUUCCGAAAGUUCAAGCAGUUAUCGAGUCGGGGCCGGGCGAUAUCCAUGCGCCGACAGUGGAGGUUGAAAGUGGCCUGCAGAGGGAGUUGGCGACGAUAGACGAAGUGUUGGCCCGGAAGAUGGCGCUGGUCAAUGGCGCGAUCGACGAGAUUGGAAUGACUCCUUUUCAGUGGAAACUAUUCAUUCUGAAUGGCUUCGGGUAUGCGGUGGACUCGCUUCUUGUCGUCUGCCAGUCUAUUUCUCAGCCCGCCGUGACCCAGGAAUUCGGUAAUCCAAGCAAGCAAAUCGCCGGAGUAGCCCUUGCAUCCCAGAUCGGCCUUCUAGUCGGCGCUGCAGUCUGGGGUUUCUCUGCCGAUGUCAUUGGCCGAAAACUGGCGUUCAACUCGAGUCUGUUCAUUUGUGCCACAUUCGUGCUCAUCGCUGCCGGAAUGCCGAACUACAUCUCUUUCUGUGCCAUGGUUGCAAUAUAUUCAGCCGGGGCAGGAGGAAACUAUAUCCUGGACGCAACAAACUUCCUUGAAUUCCUUCCAGUAUCUCAUGCCUGGGUUGUCACCUUCUUAGCCGUGUGGUGGGCCGUUGGAUACACGAUCACCGGUCUGUUGGCAUGGGCAUUCAUGAGCAACUACAGCUGCGACCCUGACGCCACUGUCGCCGAAUGCGCCCGUGCGGAUAAUAUGGGUUGGCGGUACCUCCAUAUUACUUGCGGCGGUCUUGUUCUUGUUGCGAGUAUUCUGCGUCUUGUUUUGAUCCGCAUGGCAGAAACGCCAAAGUGGCUAGUGAGCCAGAAUCGGGACCAGGAGCUAAUCGGAAUUUUGUCCGGUAUAUCCAAGAGAUACAAUCGCCCGUUCCAUCUUACUUUGGAGGAUUUAAGCUCCCAGGGUCGUGUCCAGGGCACAGAGAAGUCAGUCUUUUCAGCUCUUCGCCUAGCAAGUCAUUUCACCGGGUUGUUUAGUACCAAAAGACUGACAUACUCUACUAUAAUGAUUAUUAUCAACUGGCUACUCAUUGGAACCGUGUCACCACUUUACACCAUCUUCUUACCUUACUAUCUCCAAUCUCGCGGUGCAGAUACUGGUGACAACUCCAACUACACUACCUGGAGGAACUAUGCCAUCAACCAGGCAGCGGGCCUCGUCGGGCCCGUGAUUGCCGCUGUUCUCGUUGAGCAUCGACUACUUGGGCGCCGAAGGACCUUAGCUAUUGGCGCAGCAAUUACCACUGCCCUGCAGUUUGGCUAUACUCAGGUCAAAACGCCGGCACAGAAUGUUGGCGUCUCGGCAGCCAUUACGGCAGCGUCAAACAUCUAUUACGGGACCAUUUACGCUUAUACGCCGGAGAUUUUACCUAGUGCUCAUCGCGCAACAGGGUAUGGGCUUUGCGUUGUGCUCAAUCGAGUCGGUGGGAUUGUUGGUGUGCUGGUCGGAAGUUAUGCGAAUGUACGCACGACCGUGCCGUUGUUUAUAUGUGCUGGAUUAUAUGCUGCGUUAAUCGUCACGAGUCUAUUAUUACCUUUUGAAAGUCGGGGGAAGCGGACUGUUUAG